CCGAUGAUUCCGCAUGUGAAGCGUCUCGACGUCCCUCGUAAGGCCCGCAAACGUCGACAGACGGGACAGGCGUCUAGGACUGUUAAUUCGACUGCGCUAUUUUUAAAACGCGCAAUUAUAAACGGUUCAGGAAUGAAAUUAGGAGGUUUCUGUGAUCGGUAGUAUUGUGAAGAUGAUACCUGAUGGGAAAAAGUGAUAAUUGAUUUUGUCUAGUGUUGUGAUUCAAUCAGUUUGGUGCUUUUAUCGAUUCUUUACAAAUUCGUUAAUGACAAGAUAGAUAAAACAACAUCGCCAAAAUGAAUUUGAUGUUCAGAAAAAACUUUAGAGAGCAGAAGAGUGGAGGUAUCACUUCCAAAGUCGGUAAGACUGGUGUUGGGCGACACACCAGUAGCAAAAGAGCUAGUAGAGAGCAAGGAUAUUCACCUAUGGAUGAACAUCAUUACAGAACUCAUCUUUUCUUCAGUCCUCCAAGAUCUACUUAUAAUGCAGACGAAGAUGAUGAACCGUCUUCUACAGAACCACGCUGCGGACCAAUGACAGGAGCAGGAGGAGAACCUCUUAUGCAAUCAACUAUCUCGCCACCCAUGACGGAAAGUGAUUUUCCACAACCUCUGGUGGUUCGUAGUCCAUCAGUAUCUAUGCUGAAGUGGCCUCAAACUCCUUCACCUACCAAAACUACUCCUACAAGACAAGUGAGCUUUAACAACUAUGGAAAAGACAAUAUCAACGAGAACAACAGAACACUCACGAAUUUAGAUAGAGAUUGCUUUAUAAUACCCGUUCAUAGCCUGGAUAGAUUUCUUCCAGAGGGAGUACCUAUGCCUAAACCACUCCCAAAUGGUAAUAGCCCUGAUAAGAAAAAUGCCAAUCUACACGUGAUGGAGGUGCCUGAUCCUAAAUUGUGUGUGCUGUGUCAUCUGAUGAGUCCUCUAGAGCCAGUGGACCCGGUUUUAGAAUCUCCUUUGGUACAGCCGUUAUUUAAACAAAGACUAACUGCAGGAGAGUUGUUCAAUGAAAUCGGACAGUCCAAAACAGCUUUAACAGGCAUGCUCCUAGCAAACAUGGAAAGAAAUUCAGAAUUCCCUUUCGUGACUUAUUAUGUGAUAAAUAGUAACCAGACAAAUCCUGUGAUGUUCUACAACAAUAUUCGUACUGCCAGUUUGACGAAAUUCGACCCAAGGACCAUCAAAUAUACAGCAGCUCACACUUUGGACUUGUACACCGAAGUAGCAUCUAUAUGCAGACCGCCUAUUCAUGAGAUUGGCAUGUCCCUCUCAAAGACGCACACACCAUCAACAGGGUACAUGGUAUCCGUAUACAAAGUGUUCGAGGGUGAUGACCGGGAAAAGUUUGAAAGGAAUUGGUUGUUCUGGACUGGAGCUAGGAUGAUCUAUAGAUACCUUCCACCAGCGGCAGGACUCAAGAGGAUAUCGCUGCAUAAGUCAGUCAGUCCAAAAGGAGACAAGAUGUACCUUCUUCUUUGCGAAUGUUCAAACUUGCUGAACGACAUCACAGUAUGGGCCUUAUUACUGCCUGCUUUGAGAGCUAGAUUGACAGGUUACACGGGGAUUUUCAAGCCGAUACAAACUUUCUGAGUGAUUCGGCUUGUUGUCAUUGUUAUAUCUUUAUGUUAUAUAUGUACAAAUUUCGAAUUUCUUUUGAAUGGUUCUGGAGUAGUGCCUUUUAUUUUUGAAAGCAAAUCGUUUCAAUUUAUUGGAGCACCUAAGUGAGAAAAUGUUAAGCUGAGCAAACGGUUUUAUAUUCGUUAGAUAAAAUCUUGAGAAAGCGAUGUUGUUUGCGUGAAAACUUGUUAAUCGUUCACUUGAAAAUAUUGGACCACCAUGUUAUCUUGGCAGAGAUUUCAACACAUAUUUUUCUGCAAGUUGAAUAAUUGUUUUUGUUAUGAGAGUUUGUUAGGACAAAUAAUUAGGUAGACAGAUCUAUAAAAAGAUGCUUGUAUGUUAGAUAUUGUUUGCCUUAGGAAGUACCUAUUAUGAUGUAUUUUAAUUAUAUCUCAGGGUUUUCAUAUUUUGGUACUUUAGUCGAUGUGCCUGAAAAGAGAAAUAGGUGCUUUUUAUGAAAUUUAAAUGCAAUAAUCUGGACUGUAUAUACGAAUGAUUCAUCAAAUAAUGGGAGCUCUAAAAUUCUUUCAUCUAGCAAUAAUUUAUUUCCAUUUAGGUAAUUUUGAUAGUGUAGGUAUAAUUUUAAGUUUCUAAAAACAUAUGAGUAGAUAUUGAAUGAAUGGAAAACUAUGACGCUUCAAAAGCAUUAUGCGAAGUGCUGACCAACUUUUAUGGAGAAAUCAACCUAUUCAUUCGAAAUUAUCAAUUUUCAGAUGAGACCUAGAUGUUUCCAACUCAUCAUUUUUCCAUUGUUAAUGAAUCACUCUGUAUGUAUCAGUUGAACGGAGGAAUAAUUGAAGCUUCGAAUUUUAAAGCGUAACAUACACAAAUUUUCAUUAUUAUCGUCAGCAAAACGAAUCGUCGUUAUAUUUUUAUGGAAGGAGAAAAUUUUACAGCGAGAAAAAUGUUUGUACAAACAGUAUCCGAAGAAUCAGAGGUUGAAGGAAACAUUUUUAAAUGAAAAAAUAUGUAGAAAUAACGGAAUAUGAAUAAGAACAACGAAAAAAUUAAAGGUUUCCUUUGGUAGGUGUAUUCUCAUCAAAGGUUAAUUUAAGGCAAUCAAUCUAUGUAUUAUUUCAAUUUCAUAAGUGCAUAUGAAGUUCUUUUUGAUAGACAGCAUGCUACAAUAUAAAUAUUCUUUCAAAUUUCUGAUUCAACUUGAACAUUCUUCGGAUUCUGAUGUAUUUCCAACUUGACCAUUUAUGAAAUUAUAUCCGAGUUUUUUAAUACUCCUUCCGAUUUAAAAGACCAAAAAGAAUGUGCCUCUUUUUAAUAGAAUAGACUUUGUAGUUGCCAAAAUUUCUCAACUCUCAUCUUUCUACGAGGAAUAAAAUACUCGAAAAAGAAGUAAAAUUGAUCUAUAAAAUACAUAUAAUAACAUAUCAGCACACACAAUGGAACCAAUUUUUCAUAUCCACAAUUCACGAAUUCCGAAUUUAUUUCAUUUUGAUUUUUGAUAUACGAAAUUGACUAUUAUUUUGUAUAAAUCCAUAUAUUUUAAUUCGUAUACUUGUCUAUUUUGACUUACAAUGAGAGUUUGAAAGCAAUAUUUUUAACUGAUAUGCCUUUUGAUUGCCUGUGGAUCAAAAAUUCUAUGUCGAAUAUCCAUCACGAAACGUUGUGUUUAAUAUUAACUACUGAGUGUAUUGUAACUUAUUUAAUUGAAAAUUAUGAAUAAAUUUUGAGAGAAGAGACUUUA